UGCUGCUCUCCGCCUUACAAAACACUCAGCCUGUAGCCCUUAGAAAAGCGUCCGGAGGCGGAGAGAGGCCGCCCCCGAUCGAGCCCCGGGACGCGCGGCUGCCCUUCUCCGCCCGCCCCGCCCCGCCGCCGCCCCGGCCCGCCCCGGCCCGCCCCGGAUCCCCGCGCUCCGGACCCGCCCCUCGCCUGCUGCCUUCCGACAGAUCUGCAGGCGACAUGGCGUGGCUGGGCCUUGUGCGGGCUGCUCGGGCGUCCCAGCUGCGCUGUGGCCUCAGUCCUCGGCGGUUUUUCAGUCAUGGAACAAAAACACUACAUCAGAACAUCAAUGCUCCACAGUCUAAAUUCUUUCUUCCACUUCAAAAGCCUAUGCUACCACCUGAUACUUUUAAAGGAAAAGUGGCAUUUAUUACUGGAGGGGGCACCGGCCUUGGCAAAGCAAUGACAACUUACCUGUCCACCUUGGGUGCUGAAUGUGUGAUAGCUAGCCGGAACAUUGAUGUUUUGAAAGCAGCUGCAGAACAGAUUUCUUCUCAAACUGGAAAUAAGGUGCAUGCAAUUCAGUGUGAUGUGAGGAAUCCUGAUAUGGUUCACAACACUGUGAUGGAAAUGAUCAAAGUCGCAGGACAUCCUGAUAUCGUGAUAAACAAUGCAGCAGGGAAUUUUAUUUCUCCCACUGAAAGACUCUCUCCUAACGCUUGGAAGACCAUAUCUGAUAUAGUUCUAAAUGGCACAGCUUAUGUGACACUGGAAAUUGGAAAACAGUUAAUUAAAGCACAAAAAGGAGCAGCAUUUCUUGCCAUUACAACAAUCUAUGCUGAGUCGGGAUCUGGUUUUGUUGUACCAAGUUCUUCUUCCAAAGCUGGCGUGGAAGCCAUGAACAAGUCUCUUGCAGCAGAAUGGGGUAAAUAUGGAAUGAGAUUCAAUAUAAUUCAACCAGGACCUAUAAAAACCAAAGGUGCCUUCAGCCGCAUGGACCCAACUGGAACAUUCGAGAAAGAUAUGAUUGACAGAAUUCCUUGUGGUCGGCUUGGGACUGCAGAAGAGCUUGCAAAUCUUGCUAUUUUCCUUUGCAGUGAUUAUGCUUCCUGGAUUAGUGGUGCAGUCAUUAGAUUUGAUGGUGGAGAGGAAGCAUUUAUUUCAGGUGAAUUCAACAGCUUAAGAAAGGUCACCAAAGAAGAAUGGGACACAAUAGAAGGACUCAUUCGAAAUACAAAAGGCUCCUGAAGUCACUGUGGCUCUCAUCCAAAAUAUAGUCCAAAUUAGGACGUGGAAAUGUUAUAAACUGACUGUAAUCUUUUGAAUAUUUUGAAUUCUAAUAAAGUUUCUAAUACCAAA